ACUUUACUUCCUCUUAUAAAUCGAAUUGAGGAACUGACCGGCCAGACCUAGUGUCACUGUUUUUGAAAAGGUUUCACGUCCCGAUCCAGCCCGACAAUGAAGUAACAGACACUGAAAGCACCAUAAUUCUUCCUCCUUUGGACUCGGCAGAUUUGCCCGUUAAGGUUUCAGCAGGCACAAAGGCUUAUUUACCACCUUCAGCAAACAUGUCCACACUGUCUGAGUAUCAGAAAAGUCACAUCAAGAGAGACUUAGAGAUGGGAAUUGUGAUGACCGUCUUCAGGCAGAAAAUCGAAAGGCUUACUGUUCAGGUCAUCAUGGAAACCAGACAAAUUGCUUGGACAAGAACAGCAGACAGAUACGAGGGAGUCUUGGAUAUUAGUGAAAUUCGAGAAGUUAGACCAGGAAAAAAUUCUAAAGACUUUGAUCGUUUUAAAGAUAAGAACAAUUUGGAAGAAGAAAAAUGCUUUACAAUAUUAUAUGGAUCCCAGUUUGUCCUAAAUACUCUGAGUUUGGGUGCCGACUCAAAGGAAGAUGCAGAAAAAUGGUUAUGUGGAGUGUCAAUAUUAAAAGAGGAAACCUUGACUGCUCCAACACCAGCUAUUGUUGAAAGCUGGCUACGCAAACAAAUGUAUUCAAUAGACCAUUCCAAAAAGAGCAAAAUAACAAUGAAGGAGAUCAAAUCAAUUCUUCCUCUUCAAAAUUUUAAAGUGCCCUGUGGCAAGUUUUUGAAAGAGAAGUUUGCGGAAGCUGGAGCUCGCAAAGAUGUCCUUGACUUUGAAAAGUUUCAUAAAUUCUAUAAUAUUCUCAUGUUUGAUUACCAAAAAGAGAUUUUGGAGGAGUUUAAGCAUGAAAGUAGUUCUUUCAUUAUGGGCAACACAGACAGACCAGACUCAUCUGUUAUCUUACUGUGCGACUUCCAGCGAUUCCUUCUGUAUCAACAACAGGAAUCCUGGGCUAAUGAUCAAAAUAUGGUCAGAGAACUGAUGACAACCUUUAUUGAUGACACAAUGAGAAGAACAAAUGAUCCAGAAUUCACUGUCAGUGAGUUCUUGAAUUACCUGUUUUCAAAGGAAAACUCUAUUUGGGAUGAAAAGUUUUCAGAGCUUUGCUGUCAAGACAUGAAUAACCCAUUAUCUCAUUACUGGAUUAAUUCAUCUCACAACACCUAUCUUACAGGUGACCAGAUUCGAAGUGAAUCAUCGACAGAGGCUUAUAUCAGGUGUCUCAGGGCAGGAUGCCGAUGUAUUGAGUUGGACUGUUGGGAUGGACCUGCAGGAGAACCCAUUAUCUACCAUGGAUGGACUCGUACAACUAAAAUUAAAUUUUAUGACGUGGUGAAAGCAAUCAAUGAACAUGCAUUUGCUGCAUCAGAGUUUCCAGUUAUUUUGUCCAUUGAAGAACACUGUUGUGUGGACCAACAACGGUAUAUGGCUAAAAAAUUCAAAGAGGUAUUUGGUGACAAGUUAUUAACUGAACCAGUCGAAGCCUUUGCUGACCAGUUGCCUAGUCCAAAUCAGCUUAAAGGAAAAAUCAUACUUAAGCAUAAAAAACUAUCCACUCUGGAUGAUGAUUUAAUUAAUGAUGAAUAUGUAAGCAGAACGGAUCUUCGAAAAAGCAUAAAACAAGGAGAACUGUACAUCUGGGAUCAAAUUGAUGAGAAGUGGAAUCGUCACUACUGUGUUAUCCAUGAUAAUAAGCUCUCUUAUGCUGAUGAAUAUGAAUCAGAGGAAGAUGGAAAUCAGAAUAUACCAAAGUCAGAAAUGCACUUUACGGAGAAAUGGUUCCAUGGCAGGAUGACAGAAGGAAGACAGACAGCAGAACGGUUGCUUCAGGAAUUCUGUAAUGAGUCUGGGGGACGAGAUGGAACUUUCUUAGUCAGAGAGAGUGACACCUUUGUGAAUGAUUACACAUUAUCAUUUUGGAGAGGAGGACGAGUACAGCAUUGCAGGAUUCGCUCUCUGACUGAAAAUGGCCAAGUGAAAUACUACCUUACAGACAACCUCCACUUUGACAGCAUCUACAGCCUUGUUCAGCACUACAGGGAAAAUCCUCUGCGUUGUCAUGAGUUUGACUUACGAUUAACAGAUGCAGUUCCCAAACCAAAUCCGCACGAAGACAAAGAAUGGUUUUAUCAAAACCUGAGUCGAGGUGAAGCAGAGGACAUGCUUAGUAGAAUACCCCGUGAUGGAGCCUUUCUUAUACGAAGCAGAGAUGAGCCAAAUUCAUUUGCCAUUUCCUUCAGGGGAGAUGGAAAAGUAAAGCACUGCAGAAUCCAGAAAGAAGGCAACAUGAUUGUUUUAGGAUCCUCAACUGAAUUUGAGAGUCUGGUGGAACUUGUCAAUUACUUUAGAAAAAAGCCCCUCUACAGGAAGAUUAAACUACGCUAUCCAGUCACAGAGGAACUUCUGCAGCGGUUUGGCACGAAGCGGGACUUCAAUGCAAUUUAUGAUGUAAAGAUGUAUGUGGAACCUAAUGAAAUUGAGCAAACGAUGCCCCAAAACACAGUGAAGGCACGAUAUGAUUACAGAGCUAGCCGACCAGAUGAGUUGAACUUCAGCCGGGGAGCGCUUAUACACAAUGUAGUGAAAGAAGCCAGUGGCUGGUGGAAAGGUGACUAUGGUGGGAAGAUCCAACUAUAUUUUCCUUCAAACUAUGUGGAAGAGAUUUCUUCUGACAGAAGAGAAGAGCCUAAAAACCAGAUAAUUGAGGACAACCCACUGGGAGAAAUGUGUAAAGGUUGUGUGGAUCUUUCAGACUGCUGUGUUUCUAAAACCCAACAAAGAAAGAAUGGAAUGAAUUUCGUAUUUACCCUGCAGCCCAGUGUGGACGACAGUCUGCCUAUGGAUAUCGCAACAGAAACAGUGGAAGAUCAAUUUGAGUGGUACAAUGUGGUGUGGAACAUUACACAGAAAAAACUCAUUGAGCAAUGUAAGAUUGAACAGAAAAAACAAAGUGAGAAGAAGUAUGAGGUCGCUAUUGAAAUGUCUGACCUAAUUAUUUAUUGCCAGCCAAGAAGCAAAGAAAAGGAGUCUUUUGUUCGCUUUGAUUAUAGGGAAGUACGGUCAUUUGUAGAAACCAAGGCCCCUACUGACACCAGAACAGACUUUCUCAGAUACAACUGCAAGGCACUAAGUCGAAUUUAUCCAAAAGGUCAAAGAGUGGACUCAUCAAACUAUGAUCCUUAUAUAUUUUGGAUGUGCGGUUGUCAGAUGGUAGCACUGAACUUUCAGACUGCAGACAAAUCUACACAGCUAAACAAUGCUUUAUUUAGACUAAAUGGAAACAGUGGCUAUAUCUUACAACCAGAAGUACUUAGAAGUGACCACUAUGACCAAUCCUAUGACAAAAAUGUGAAACUAAAGAUCCGUCUCAAAGUUAUUGCUGCCCGUCAUCUACCUAAAACUGGAAGAAGCAUUGUAAGCCCUUUUGUGGAAGUAGAACUGUGUGAAAAUAGUACUGAAGAAAACAGAUACAAAACACUAGUUAAAAAGGACAAUGGCCUGAACCCUAUAUGGCCAGCACCACCAGAGAUGGCUGAAUUUGACGUGCGUGAUCCAGACCUUGCAUUUCUGCGCUUUGUGGUCAAUGAGGAGGACGUAUUCAGUGAUCCCAAUUUUCUGGCUCAAGCAACUUUCCCUGUUAAGGGACUCAAAACAGGAUACAGAUCUGUUCCUUUGGAAAAUGGUUUCAGUGAAAAUUUAGAACUGGCUGCCCUUCUUGUUUACAUUGAGGUUAGCCCAUUUGAGAAAGCUGAGGAGGAGCUGUAUUCAUCAUCUCUUCAGCUUCGCAAGCGACAAGCAGAAUUGUCCAAUGAGCUGUUCUUGUAUGAUUCCCAACACAACUUGAAGAAAGGAGCUCACUUCCGGGAUGACUUGGUGAGGGAGUUUGACAGAAAUGAGGCUCAGCUACAUAAAAUCCAAGAUACCUGCAAUCAAAGGCUUAAAAAGAUUAACAACAGCAAAUUCUAUCAUUGAAGACCACUAUAUGGCUGCAAGUGUUGUCACUUCUUAUAUUAUGAACAGAACCCUGUUUUAAAAUGCAUCUAUUUUUGUGGAAUCUUUCAAGAUCUUGUUUCCUGGAAAGCAACUAUCUUAAACAUGGCACUGGAAAUUUGCAUUGUCACAAGAAGCAGAAGGAAUAAAAAUGUCACGUUUGUACUGUAUGUAUAAAAUAUAUGUAAACAUAUUAAAUUUAAAAUACUGUCUACAGGGGUCACAGACAAAUCCAUACCUUUUAGAUUUUUUAAAUUAUGCAGUGAGUUAGUAAUGGAGAUCUAUUAAUUGUGUAUGUUUUUAUUUAUUUAAUUUGGUAUAUGUGUGUGACAGAAGAAGAUGGCAUAGGAUACAACUAGACGUUGUUUUUGCUUUUUUGCCAAACAGUGUAUGUGUGUGUAAGACAGAGAGAGAGAAUUAUUAUAAGAUUAUAUAUAUAAUUACCUGGUCUAAAUAUUUAAUUAUGUUCAUAGCUGGUGUGAAGACUGAGCUUUUAAUACAGCAUAAGCACACUUAAAAAUUUUUAGUUGCUCUGUGUUUUAUGUAAUUGACUGCUAUUAUACUCCAAUACAUACUUGGCUUUAAAAUGAAUGUUUAAAAAAUAGUAAGGAAUAGAGUUAGGUAAAAUAAAUAUUUUCCUUAAACUGCAGCACUCUUUGUUGCUGGUAUUUUAUUAUCUUUCCUAGCCUUCAAUGUUACAUUCCUUAAAGGCUGAAUUUGAAAGGAUAUUACAGUCCCCAGGAAUGCCUACUGUAAAUAUGUAUAUUUCCCUCUUGCACCAUGUGCCUUAUGCAAAAGACAUUUUAACUGUGACUGUACCCCUUAAUUUCCAAAAUGGAGUCUGAAGGUUACAGAACACAGUAGCUCAAUCAUCCACUUUUUUGUCACAGAAUUGUGCUGAAUGUUAGAAUUUGAGAAUUCUCUAUACAAGGUACUGUGCAUUGUGCAUGGUGUGGUUUUUGGAAAGUUUGAUUUCUUACACAAUUAAGUAAUUGUAUAUAUGAGGCCAUUCUUCUCAUUGAUGAGAAAUAAGGCUGGUGAUACAGACAUGUCACUGCCAGUUGUACCCAUCCUAAGCAUGAAUUAUGAUGCCAUCUAAUACAAAUAUGAGGAUAAUACAAUGAAUUAAUGCUGUUGUUCCAGCAACAGAACUGAUAACAUUAGCUGCACUUGUUUACAGCCAUAAAUGUCACAACUGCAAGAUAUUUAUAGUCACUGUGGCAGUGUUUACUGGCAUGCAGCUAAGGAGUGCUGCUUUUUUAAUAUACAGUACAGUAAAUCCAUUUAUAAUAAACAGGUUCAGAUAGUUAUAAAGUUAGAAACAGGAACAGAUUAAAACCUUCAGAGGUGCUAAGCACUGAAAAAUGACAGUGCCCCCAGUAUUUUAAUCUCAUUUCGUCUCACUCCCAGACUUCUGGUUCUGAAAAGUUGUAAAAAGUUGCUGGGGCCCAUAAAAGAUGCAUAAAUGAAAAUAGUUUUUUUUUCUUUUUAUUUAAUAAUCUUGGAUGAUUUUAAUGACGCUGACACAAUGAUGCUUGAGGAUUCUUUUCAAUGAAGAAAAUUGCAUUCUGCUGAGAAUAUGAGAAUGAUCAGCAUUGCUGUCUGUCUUUCAGUAUGUUGUCACAUGUAGUUCUUGUCUCAGUCUUGAAGAACAUGUAAUAAGUUUCAGGUUCGAGUCAACCAUAUUGUUUGUAUUCUUUGAAUAAUUAGAAUGUUUAUAAUUGAAGACUUGUCCUAUACACAGUUAGUCUGCUGGACCAUCACAGUGGUCUUGAGAAACAAACAACCAAUUCUGCCUUUUCAAAUAGCAUAUCUGUGCUUUAAGAGGCUGGAAAUGCCUGAGUUUUUUCUUUGCAACCAGAAGCAGUCAGAUGCUGACUCUAGCCUUUAGUUUAACUGUUUGGCAUUAUUCUGUUUCUGCACUGCCCAUGUUCUUUCAGAAUACAUCAUUAAUAAUAUUUGUUUACAAAAGGCUUGUGCUGCUUAAGCAGGUCUUUAAAGAUGGAUUAUUCUGAUCAAAUAAUACAAAUGGAGUGAGUCCUCCAGAGAAUUAGUAGACAAAUUACCCCUUCAUAGCAAAGUGUCUGCAUUUUAUAGGAAAUUAGAAAAUCGUCUACAAAGAAUACCACAAAUAAUUGUACUCAUAUUACACAAAACUGUGUGAUUCACAACCGGAGCAUAAUAUAAAAAACAUUAUUGAAUAAAAAGUUUGAUUAAAACCAGAAAUUAGCCACUGGUUGAAAUAGACGUUUGCAGACCUUCCAUAGUAAAGUUGUCCACAUCUUAAAAAAAAAAAAAUUACACAUUUUAAAAAUAAAAUAUACUUACCCAGCUUCACUUAUAGAAUGGGAUCUGAACUAAGCCUUGUCAGAUGACUUUUUGCCACAUCUAUAUGCUUUUUAUUUAUUUGCUCUAAAACAUUUGACAUUUGGUGUCCAUUUACAUUAAUAUGAUAUUUAAAAUAUAUUGUUAUUAAACCAGUCUGAUAUAUUCCUGGUAAUAACACAUUCCUUUUUUUUAGUUGUUACAUUAUACUUUAAAUAAUUUUAUGUCAACUUCUUAAGUAUUUCUUUUUUUUUUUUAUUUGACUCCAUUGUGUUUGCUUGAAAGAAUUUUAUGUAUGGCUGACUCAUUAAGUAAAUAUGUCUGUUUUAAUUUAAUUUAGUUUUUUUUUUUUUUUUUGAAGUGUGUUCAUUUUGUUUUCCUCAAAUAAAAAUAUUUUAACGAA